AUGCCUGCAGUGUCUCACGAAGAGAACUUGUUACAGGGAAAAGAUCAGCUUUUGGAAGUUGAUACAACAGCCUUUGGGGAUUCCAACCCGUUCUCGGGCCAAGGACAAGGAGCCCAGGACGGGCCUCCCCCACCAUACGAAUCUGUGAUCAUGCAUGACGGAACACGCGGUGACACUACGGUGGGUCUGUCCCACUUUGAGAUAGUGGUCAGAGAUCCCGUCAAGCAUGGUGACAACUCGAUGUCGGCUUACGUGUCCUACAAAGUAUGUACAAACACAAGUCUCCCCCAGUACAAGAUUAAGCAGCCAGAGGUCAUCAGGCGGUUUCGGGAUUUUGCCUGGCUGCGCACACGGUUGCAAGAGCAGAACCGAGGAAUCAUAAUACCCCCCCUUCCAGAGAAGAACGUCGUCCAGAAGUACCAGAUGACCACAGAGUUCAUUGAGACCCGGCGGAUGGCUCUGAGCGUGUUCCUCAACAGAGUGGCAGCGCACCCGGCCCUGGCGCAGAGCAAGGACCUGCAGAACUUCCUGGAGGCGAGCGAGGAGGACUUUGCAAUUGAGGUGGCGCGCGCCAACCACGAGAGCGCCGGCGGAGCCAACGCGGCCAAGAAGACGCUUUCGAGCACGCUGCAGAAGCUGAAGGACCUGGGCCAGCAGACGCAGAACCUAGUCUCUGGCAAGCACACUGACGAGGAGGAGGACCCCGAUGCUCUUAUAGUGACAUUACAAACCUCUGUCAUGGUGCAGGUGCGCGAGUACAUGUUCCAGCUGGAGGCGCAUCUGACGGAGGCGCAUCGGCAAGCGCAGCGACUGAUCAAGCAGCAGGGGCUGCUGGGCGCCUCCCUGGCGGAGUUCGGCACCUCUGUCAUCAGCCUGGGCAAGUUUGAGCAGGGCCGCCUGGCGGACGACUUCAUCAACUUGGGCGAGAAGGCUGAGAGCCUGGCGCGCUCCUCACAAGAGCAGGCCGGGUCGCUGGGGGUGACGUUUGAGGCGCCGCUGAAGGAGUAUGUGCGCAUGGUGCGGAGCGCCAAGGCAGUCAUGGCCGAUCGCAGCCUCGCGCUGGGCGCUCUGCAGCAGGCACGCGCCGACGUGGACGCCAAGCGCACCAAGCUCGCCAAGCUGCGAGGCACCCCCGGCAUAAAGGAAGAGAAGCGGUCUGAGGUGGAGCGGGAGCUGAACGAUGCGCAGCACCGCGUGGAGGCAGCCAAGGACACCUAUGAGCUCAUCGUGCGCCGCAUGAGCCAGGAGCUGGCGCGCUUCCAGACGGAGCGCGCCACAGAGAUGGCCGGCGUGCUGCGCUCGUUCGCGGUCGCGCAGGCCUCGCUUGCAUCCGACACCGCCAAGGCCUGGCGCACCCUCGCCCCAGCGCCCUCCUCUAACGGAGCCGCCCGCUGA